UAAUGAAUUGAAGGAAUGAGGACAUGAAAAAAAAAAAAAAAGCUGUUGUAGAAUUUUUCUCUCUCAAACAAAUCACAUUCCAGAUGGACAUUGGUUUGGUUCUGUAGCUAUCUUUAAUUCCUUUCCUCCAUUUUUUGUUCAAAUUGCUUAAGCAAGCCUUACCAUGCAGAUGGAGUACAUGCGAAAAAGAAGCGUGUGUCAACAGACUGCGGCACUUUUGUGGAAAAAUAUAAUUCUGAAAUGGAGGAUGAGAAUGCAGAGUUUUCAGGAAUUGUUUUCUUCCCUGGUUGUCUUCAGUAUAAUACUAUUAGCAACACUUGGAUUGACAAAUCAGGAUUCUGGCGAAAUACCUCAUGCUCUUCUCGGGAAACCUUCAUUUAAUAUUACUGGAGUUAAAAUUUUGUAUGCUCCAAAUACUAAGAUGUCAAGAGAAAUAAUGAAGAAAAUAGAAAUACUCUCUCCUCUAAAAGGUGUUGAGACAAAAGUGAUGGAAGAUGAGAAGACUAUGAAAGAUGAGAAUGCCAUGGCAUCAGAGGAGGACUUGAACUUAGAUAUUAUUGGAGUUAUAUUUCAAGAUGAAAUUUCCUAUCGACUCAGAUUUCCUCUCUACAGAACAGUUAACCCACACAAAGAUUUUGCUUUUAUAGAUACCUGUUUCAACUUUUCCUCAAUUUACUGUGAAAAUCCGACAUAUUGGACUCAAGGCUUUGUCUCACUGCAAUCUAGCAUUGACAGUGCACUUAUUGAAAGGAUCACCAAUCACUCUGUUUGGGAAGAAAUGAGUUCUAUUAAUGGCAUCCGUAUGAGAUCGCCUUCUGUUUCCAUGGCAUUUGAAUUAGAAAAUGGUGUGUUCCUUUGGGCCUUAUCACUGUGUUUUGUUCCAUUUAUGUAUUUCUUGGCACUAACUCUUUCAAGAGAGAAACGGAAAUUAAAGGAGGUGAUGAAGACAAUGGGACUACGAGAUGCAGCGUUCUGGCUCUCCUGGGGUUUGCUGUACACCAUGUACAUCUCAGUUCUAAGCAUGGUGCUGACAUUUUGUUUGACAGCUACAUAUUUUUACCUAAGCAGCAAUUCCACAUUAUUUGUCCUGCUUUUCCUUUAUGGCAUUUCAUCUAUAUGUCUCUGUUUCAUGUUGAGCUCUCUCCUAAAGAAGCCCAGAAUCACUAGCUUUGUAAUUUUCAUCUUCAUUUUUUGUUUGGGAGCCCUCAACGUACCUACAGCAAUUAGGUUGAUACCUCCAAAUUUGCAAUUGAUUUUGAGCAUCUUCUGCCCAUUUGCUUUUGGUGCUGGACUUUCAAAGAUUCUCUAUUUUCAAAAAUAUGGAAGGACCUUUGAUUUUACUGACUUAAUGGUUGAACCAUAUGGUUAUUGCUUGCUUAUUGACAGCCUUUUAUACAUGCUGCUGGCUUUCUAUUUUGAUAAGGUUGUGCCUGACAAAUAUGGGGUACCUUAUCCUCCAUUGUUUUUCCUGAAGAAGACCUAUUGGUGUAAACCAAAAAGACCCAAUACUGGUGAUGUUCCUACAAACGAACGGAGUCACGGGAGUAUCUUCAGUGACAAUGCUGAACCUGUGCCUCCUGAGUUUAAUGGGAAGGAAGCCAUAAGACUAAAUAACAUUAAAAAAAUUUAUAAAAUGAAAAGCACAGAAACAGAAGCUUUGAAAGGAUUGUCCUUGGAUAUUUAUGAAGGUCAGAUCACUGCAAUACUUGGUCAUAGCACAUCUGGAAAAACUACAUUGCUAAACAUUCUCAGUGGACUUUCCAAACCAUCUGAUGGUUUUGCAUCCAUAUACAUGUACAAUAUAUGUGAAAAGGAACACAUGGAAAAGAUUUGGGAAAUAAGUGCUAUCUGUCCACAAUUCAAUAUUCAGUUUGAAUUUUUAACAGUGAAAGAAAACUUAAAGACAUUUGCUAAAAUAAAAGGGAUACCAUCCAAUGCUGUAGAAAAAGAGGUUGAAACAUUGUUGACGCUCUUGGACAUCAAGGCCAUUCAAAACACCCAAGCUAGUCAUUUAAGUGGUGGACAAAAACGAAAAUUAUCUCUUGGGAUUACAUUUUUAGGGGAACCACAGGUAUUAUUACUAGAUGAGCCAACUGCUGGAUUGGAUCCAUAUUCUAGACACCAAGUGUGGUCUCUCCUGAAUGAACGCAAAGCAGAUCGAGUCAUUUUAUUCACUACCCAGUUCAUGGAUGAAGCUGAUAUCCUUUCUGACCGGAAAGCUAUUAUCUCACAUGGGAGGCUGCAGUGUGUUGGUUCGUCUCUGUUUUUGAAGAAAAAAUGGGGGCUUGGCUAUCAUUUAAGGAUGCAUACAAAUGAGUUUUGUAACGUUGAGAGAAUAACAUCACUGGUCAAACACCACAUCCCUGCUGCAAAAAAAUCAGGACAACGUGAAAAUGAGCUGAGCUAUACCCUGCCCUUACAAAAUGUGGAUAAGUUUUCAGAUUUGUUCAGUGAUAUGGAUCAUCAGACAGACCUAGGACUUAUUAAUUAUGGAGUUACCACGACGACUCUGGAAGAUGUCUUCUUGAAGCUAGAAGGAAAUGAAAACAUGAAAGAAGAAGAUUUUGGAAUCCUUCAUGGAUGGGAAGCGGCAGGAAAGGAUGAAAUGGAACGGGAUCAGCUGUUGCUCUCAGACACGGGAAAGGUGACCAUGAAAGGCACGGAGCUCUGGAGACAACAAGUUUAUGCCAUUGCAAGAAUGCACUUUCUAAACCUCAAGAGAGAGAGCAAAAUCUGGGGAACCUUGCUGCUACUUAUUGGAGUUAUAUUAGCACCUUAUAUUGCCCAAAUGAUCAGCUACUCUGUUUGGUUGAAUUUUCAAUAUGAAGAGAUUCAUCCUGGGCUUUAUUUUGAGCCAGGGAAAGAGUUUUUCACUGGGACAUCAGGACUUCUGGUCCUUAAUAAUACAGGUGAAAAAAUUGAUAAUUUUAUCCAGGCACUGAAGAGUCAAAACAUCCUGAUGGAUGUCAUCUCUGGUAACAUAGUCAGUGACCAGCUGGUUCACAAUGGGGCCAUAAAAGUAGACCUUGAAAACAAGAAAUACAAGUUCACACUUAUGUGCCAUAUGGAGAUAACUAACUGCUUUCCGGUGCUUGUCAACAUCAUCAGCAAUGCAUUUUUGCAUAUGUUUAAUUCUACUGCCCAUCUUCGAACCUGGAAUCAUGUAUUUAUCAGUACUAAUUUAAAUCCUGAAUUCUGGAUGUUUAUGGAAAUUUACAUGAUUGCGGCAUCAGUUGUAUUACCUGCUUUUCCACCACAAUUUGCAAUGCGAAGUAAUGAAGAUUACAUGAUAAGAACUCGCUCCCAGCUGCGAAUUGCAGGACUUUUUCCUUCUGCCUACUGGUGUGGACAAGCUCUGGUGGAUAUGCCCCUGCAUUGCCUUCUACUUAUUUUAGUUCUUUGGCCGUGGUUUUUAAAAAUAGGAGUUGCAAGCCCUCACUUUAUACCCAGCUUGAUUUCCUGCUUGGUGGCAUUUUUCCUUGGCUACAGUAUAUCGAUUAUUUUAUUCCUAUACAUAACUGCCUUCGUAUUUCGCCACAAAAAGCAUGCUGCCAGUUUUUGGUCAGUCAUCUCUAUUUUAGUCAUGCUGCUUUUGUUCAUAAUAAGUAUCAUGACAAGUUUGAUUACAGAGAACUACAUAAACCAUCUGUUAGGUUUUUUUGUUCCUAUGUUUCCAGUUACGACUUUUAUAAUUUCUUUUACAAAUCUGCUGAGUGGCUUUUAUAUUGAGGAAGGUGAUAUGUCAAAUCAGACACAGCUCUUUAUAUCUACUUUCAUGCCCUACUUGCAGGGUAUAAUCCUCAUAUUUUUACUGCGUUAUCUGGUGAUGAAAUAUGACCAGACUGUUAUGAGAAGAGAUCCCAUUUUUAGGAUUUCUCCACAGAGAAAAAGAACCCAUCAGAAUCCUGAAGAGCUCAGCCAAGCAGAUGACAAAGAUGUCCUUGAUGAAAGGACAAGAGCUCAGAGUGCACUGGCUUCUCUCAAUGAAGAAGAGAAACCAGUUAUCAUUGUCCAUGACUUGCGCAAGGAAUACAAACAUGAGAAGACUUGUUUGAAGAAAAAGGAAGAAAAAAAAGUAGCUACCAGAAACGUCUCCUUUUGUGUUAAAAAAGGAGAGGUUUUAGGGCUUCUGGGACCCAAUGGAGCUGGUAAAAGUACAACAAUUAACUUGAUAACAGGAGAUACAAAGCCAAGUGCAGGACAGGUGCAGAUUAAAGGAGCUGAUGGAGCUGCGACAGAAGAAAAUGUUGCUCUUGGCUACUGUCCUCAGGAGAAUGCGCUCUGGUCCAAUUUGACCAUGAAAGAACAUUUGGAGAUUUUUGCAGCCGUAAAAGGAAUAAGGAAGGAUGAUGCUAUUAUGGCCAUUAAUCGAAUAUCUCAAGCUCUAGAACUCCGAGGGCAUUUAAAAAAGAGAAUAAAGACUUUAGCAGCUGGAUUGACCAGAAAACUGUGCUUUGCUCUGAGCAUGUUGGGUAAUCCCACUCUGAUGCUUUUGGAUGAACCAACCACAGGCCUGGAUCCAAAAGGGAAGCGCCAGGUGUGGAGAGCAAUUCGCACUAUGCUGCAGGAGAAAGAUGAAGGAGUCAUUUUGACAACUCACCACAUGGAGGAAGCAGAGGUGUUGUGUGACCGAAUAGCUAUCAUGGUGUCUGGACAGCUCAGGUGCCUUGGUUCAAUUCAGUAUUUGAAAAGCAAAUUUGGGAAAAAUUAUUUGCUACAAAUAAAAGUAAAGGGAGUAGAACAAGGAGAUCUUGUGAAUACUCAGAUUCUAAAGAUUUUCCCACAAGCAGAACGUCAAGAAAGGAUAUCCACUUUGUUGGUCUAUAAGAUCCCAAUGGAAGAUGCCUUGCCUCUCUCUAGAGCCUUUGCCAUGCUAGAAGAUGCUAAACAACACUUCAGUCUUGAAGAGUACAGCUUUUCUUUGAACACUUUGGAACAGGUAUUCCUGGAAUUGUGCAAAGAACAUGAGCGAGAUUAUUUUGAAUUGGCUCCAACUUCUGUAUGGAGAGAACUGUAGCACCAACAAGAUAGUUGAAAGACUAAUUAACUACUAAGACAAACACCAGUUUCUUCCUCCAGCAAAAAUGGAGGACAAAUAGGUUGAGCACUCUGAGGAAUUUUGCAUCUGGACAUUCCCUGGGGAAAAAAUAUGCCAUUUCUGUUAUCUUCUCUCUGUUUAACAAGUAUGCCUUGGUGUCUUCAGAUUAACCUCCAUAUUUAUCGUGUCUAAAGAUAUAACAUUUCUGAAUAUUUCACAACUAACAGCAAAAUGAAUGUUUCUGCACUGUUUUGUUCUUUAUGAGAAAAACUGGAAAUGGAAAUAUAUUUUUAAAAUGUAUUGUUUGUAGCCUAGCACACAAACAUAUAUAGAUGGCAUAUCUUUCUCAGAAUGUGUUAAUAUUUUUAAUUAAGAUAACAAUUCAAGGUAUACCCAGUGUUUAUUGAGUGGAUAAAUAAACUGCCAUGCUCUAAAUACCUAUGUAUUGUUGCCCUCCUCAGCUUCCAUUUUAAUAAAUAGUAAUAGAGCUGACCCAAUUAACUAUUGUACUAGGAGCCUUUAAAUAUCAUUACAAAUUGUAUGCUAGUCUGCUUCUUGUGAAAUGACUAGAAGAAGACAUAAGCAAGCUUUUUUAAUAAGACAAAAGCCCUAUAUGCCAUUGUUAAACCAUUAAUCUUACAGAAAAAUAUACUAUUCUAUCUAAGGGACUAUUUUAUGUAGCCUUUAUAGAUUAAAAACCAGCCUUUGAUUGCAUUCUCUGUGAUAUGACUUGGAAGAAGUCUGAAAAGAUCUCAGUAGAUUAUUAGUAAUUCCAUUUGACUAAACAGCUGAAAGUGGCUGCUCCUCUUCAGAUUAGACGUAAUAACAGGGACAAUUUUCUUCCCCAUCCUAUGGCAGGAAGGGAUUAAGUAAGGCUGCAUCUUAACAUAGACUGUCUAAUUUUUAUAUUUUAUAUUAAAAAUUAUCAAAAAAGAGCACCACUGACCUAAUUUGGUGGGUCAGUGAAAAGCAGUUAUGUCACAUAUAGCUAUAUUUAUUACCACCAAUUGGGCUAAACAGUAUAUGAUGGCCUUUAGCUCUUUUGUAAGGGGGACAAUCUGUCGAUAAAUUACCAGAAGACAUAGGUACUGUCUUCAAACUACUGAGCACCCACAAAAUUGGUAGCUAUAUAGCACGGGCGUCAAACUCACCACGUCAUGUCACGUGUUGCGACAUAUCGUGACUCUUUUUGCCAGCAAUGGAGUGGGCGCGGCUUCAGUAUGAUGAAACUGGCCUGCGAGCCAGCAGUUUAACACCCCUGCUAUAUAGGGACAAUAUUCCUGUAAAAAAUGAGUAAAUUUAUAAAAACACAGUAACUCAAGAAACUAAAUAGCUAGGCUCAAAAAUUUUUAAUACUGUUUAGAGAGGGGAUCUUAUUCUAAUUGUUUUACGUGCUUUUGAGAUUUAUAGCUCAGUUUAUGGUCUCAAAUCUACCCAUACACAGAUACUGAUUUUGGUCCACUGAUGAUAACACAGACUAAAUUUUAAGAGAUUUAGUAUUUGAUAUGCCUUUAAUUAAAGUCUUGUGUCUUUAUUAUUGGAUAAAUGCAAUAUUUUCUUCACUUAUCUUAUGCUAAUCCUAAUUCUAGUCACACUUAUUUGGGAAAAUUUUUUAGUACAAAUCUUAAUGAUUGUGGUUGUAAUUUGUAAUUUUUAUGGGGAUAUCUAAAAAGACCCUAAACAAAGAGUAAGUAGUAUAAAGCUUUGAAAAGAUGUAAUUUAUUUGCCAUUGCUUUCAUUACUACUGGGCACAAAGAAAUCUAUGAUUCCCCUUUCUACAUAUCCAGUUGACCUAUUCUGACCUCAAAGCCCUAUAGAAAAGUGCUCACUUUGGUCUCCUACCUGCAUUAUUUGAAGGCAAAUUCAGCCAUAUUGCUGGUGAAAGCUGUUUCUUGUCCUCCAUGUUGGAUGGAGGAAAUUAAAUACAUUUCAUGCACACUUUUAAUAUGCUCCCAAUAUAAGAUAGCUGACACUUUUGUUGAGAGAAAAAUUUGCAAUGAUGGAAGUACAAACAAAUACACUUUCCUUAUUAGAUCAGAAAGACUUAAAUACUGAUAAUCAUGCAACGUUUUAUUGGACGGCAAAAAAGGAGUUGAAUUUAUAAUAAUUGAACUCUUAGUUAUAUAUCAUUACUGAACAUUAUAUGGAAAAUAAAUGUCAUUUAAGCAAUAAAUACCAUGUACGUUAU